UACGACUAAGCUGAUGAGUGUUACUAAUAUUGUGUAUAUUUAACUUGUCAAUGAGAGUAGGCUGAAUAUUAUAAACAUCUCAGUAUAACAUCACGAAGCAAGACUCCAAAAUGAGGAUAAGAUCGAAUAAACACCCAAAGUUUAGUACACUAUAGAAGUUUAGCACACUAUAGAAGUUUAGCACACUAUAAUCUCCAUGAAGGUAGAAUUCACUGCAGGGUCUAUUUCUACUGAGAAAGCACCGUUGACGGAGCGCCAUGACAACAAAGAAACUUUGACAUGGCGUCCCUUCUAACGGACCCGUUGUUUGAGACGUCCGGACACGGGCCUCCACCCAAUAAGAAUUAUUAUCAUGUUGCUGUCACCAAGUCAGAUGUGAUCUGGAGAUGGUGGAAGAUAUCUCCGAGAGCUGUAGACAGGUACUCAAAGCCCGGGGAGCUGAAGGAGCCUCACCAGGACUUCCUGGACGACACUUGGCUGCAGAGUGAGGUCAGUAUGGUUUUCGGCCGUCGAAUCUUGCAGUACACCAAGGCUUUGUGCCAAGGCCAUUAUGAUUAUCUGGAGCAGCUGUCUGACACCUUACUUCUGCGGAUAAUAAAUCAUCUAGAACUAGAGGAUGUGGGUCAGCUUGGACGAACGUCACGCAAGUUCAGAGAGCUAUGCGGGUCAGAGGAGUUUUGGGAGCAGGCCGUGAAGCGGCGCUGCAACACAGUGUCGGCUGAGGUGGCAUCUCUUGCGCUUGUUGUGGGCUGGCGCGGCAUCUUCUUCACCAGUAAGCUACAGCUGCAGAAGUUGAUCAGCCGCAGGAGGCUGAAGGCUGAGGAGCGUCAAGAAGGACAGGUCUCUGACCCAGAUGCAAAGGCAGAGGAGUCUCCUGAUGGAAGCUCAGAGACAGACCAGACAUCUGGUUCUGAGGAGGACUCUCACUUUGGCGUUUUAUCAGAUCUAUGCCUUGGCACUGAUCCUGGUACUCGCUUUGACUCCAGCGCUUGCUGUGAUUUUGACCCUGACCCUAACCCUGAAUCAGAGGCUGGCUCUGAUUCCACUGUGCCUGUGCCUUGCCAACUGUUUGAGGACAUAAAGCACUGUGUGGUGGAAAGGCCUGUGCAGCACAGUGCACUGAGCAAUAGUAGAGGAGACUGCCGUGCAGAGCCAGGGAGGACAAUGAGUUAAUUCUUGUGUCAAAUAUUUGGGAAGCCCUGUGUUUUUACUGUUGGAUUAAUAUGCCUUGUAUACUCAUU